GAUAUUAUGUGCCCCAAUCAACCGUGCACAGGUCCCGGAAUACCUCCGGGACCGUUUCUGCAUCAACUUCGCUGAUUAUCGUUCGUCCUACUUGUCUCUUCUAUUCGAUGCGGUCUGUCCAGCUGCAGACAUUGAUGAUCAUUACCGAUGUUCAUUCUUUUUUCUAGGACGCUCAGGGUGCCGUCUGAUAGGUGCGAAGCGUGUGUUGAUACAAGUCACUUAUAAAUUGAGGGUGAGCGAUGGUCUGUGCUAGAUGCAGCUCGCCGCACACCCUCACGUUCGCAAUGUCACAGCAGCCAUCCCAGACCAUUUCUCAAAUCUACUCGCAGGUCUGCACACGGCUUAGUAUCUUUUUGCAAGUGUUCAUCCUGAUCGGCUACGCUCAGGCCGCUCUCUUUUCUGCCCUGCGCGUCUUCGCGAUCUGGGAUAGAAGCCGCAUCUGGUCGCUAGUAGUGUUUGUGCUGAGUAUGGCACCAUUCAUAGUGAACCUGUUCAGCGUGGUGAUGUCAAAGUACGCUAUCGUCGCAGAUCCGAUCUCCGGCACGGCAUGCACCACAGAGGUCCCGUUCUCUGCGCAGACAAAUAACAUUUCGCUCGUCCUCGCCGAUACGAUUGUGCUCGUUAUGACAUGGAUCAAGACAUUCGGAAAUUGGAGGCGUGCCCGCAGUGUCAAUGUCCAGAUGUCGCUGGCGACGUGUCUACUGCGUGACGGCACCAUCUAUUUCAUGGCUUUGUUAGCGGUCAACAUAGCCCAGAUGCUGACCUACAAUUCUACGAUAAUUGAACCACUCAUGGCAGGGUUUACUGAGACUCUGCCUCCGAUACUCAUCCAUCGCUUCAUGAUCGACCUGCGAACGGUCGACUCGGAGGCGCUGAAUUAUUCUACGCAUGUUACUGAUCGACAGCAAGAACAGUCGACGAUACAGUUCGGAAGGCCAGCGAAUUGGCUGGGUAAUAUCGGGGAGACGCUGCAGAGUGUCUGGGACGACGAUGAGCCCGCGGACGAAGAGAUUGACCGCGCAGAAGUGGACGGGGCGGGACGGGGCGAGAAUAGUGCAGAGACAUGA